UAUAAUGUUUCCUACCUGAGGUCUCACGUAAUUCACCAAUAGCUAGGUAAUAAUAAGAAUAGAACAUUUUCAAAUCAUGAAAACUGCUACUAGUUAUUGCUUCAAAAGCGCUUUUUGACAACAAGUUGCUAAACGCACCGACCAUCUCUAAAGUUUGAUAAUUAAAUUUGACGUUUGUGGCAAUGAAAAUUCGUGAACUUGAAGGCUAUAAGAACGACAAUUUCCGUAAUUCUUGUUCAAAACUUUCAAAUUGCUUUUACUACAGGUUCAGUUUUAGUACGUUUUAUAAAUAAUAAUGUCUACUAGCAUUCCGUUAAUUGUUAGAAUCUUAGCUUCAUCUGUAUCAGUAGCAAACAGGGCAGGGAAAAUAGUUCGUGAUGUUAUGAACAAGGGAGAAUUAGGCAUAGUGGAAAAGGGUAAAGAUGACUAUCAAACAGAAGCUGACAGGUCAGCUCAGAGAUGCAUUAUUGCGUCACUUGCAGCUUUGUACCCUAAACUAAAUAUAAUUGGUGAAGAAGAUAAUGCUAAUAAUGUGGGUGAUGUAUCCAGUGACUGGUUGGUUGUUGAUGCUGACAAAGAUGUAUUGUCAUUACAAUGUCCUGUUCAUCUUCAAAGUGUCAAGGAAGAAGACAUUGUUGUUUGGGUAGACCCUCUAGAUGGAACUUCAGAAUAUACACAAGGUGCCCUAAUGUUGAAGAAAGAUCCAUGGGAAAGGUGGAAAAUGUAUUUAACUCAUCCUUUUAUUAGUAUGAAGUGGUAUUUAAGUUUACUCCAAAACAAUUAUGGGUUCCUUGAACAUGUGACAGUUUUGAUUGGCAUAUCUGUUAAUGAAAAGCCUAUUGCUGGUGUUAUUCAUCAGCCUUAUUAUAAAAAUACUGUAGGGGAAGAUGUGAAGGUGGGCAGGACUAUUUGGGGACUUCAAGAUGCAGGUGUAGGUGGCUACACUCCUGCACAACCCCCAGAUUCACUAAUCAUCACUACAACAAGAAGCCAUUCAAAUCCAUUAGUGGAAGCAGCACUACAAGUCAUGAAUGCCUCAAAAGUAUUAAGAGUAGGAGGUGCUGGUUAUAAGGUAUUGCAGUUAUUAGAAGGAAAAGCUUCAGUGUAUGUUUUUGCCAGCAGUGGAUGUAAGAAAUGGGAUACAUGUGCUCCAGAAGCCAUAUUAUCAGCAGCAGGAGGCAAACUUACUGAUAUACUUGGAAAUUUUUACAAGUAUGGUGCUAAUGAAUCAAGACCAAAUAAAACUGGAGUACUUGCGGCUGUUAACAAUGAAUUACAUAGCUAUGCUGUGAAUAAAAUACCACAAGAGUUGAAGGAUGCUCUUGCAAACAAAUAGUUUGCAGUUGUAAAUAAAGAAUGUAAAUAAAAGAUAAUUAUUUAAACCAAA